AUCUCAUUUCAACCGAAUUCUCUUCGCUUAAAUAUCAUCCCUUCCUCCUCUCCUCUCGAUCCAUUUCAUUUCGUCUCUCUGAUCGGAUCACUCCCCAAUAAUCAAUCUCCAAAAUCAUGCCUCCUCCAUCCUCCAAUUCCCUCUUCAAAUCCAUCCACAUCGCAUCCGCGAUCGCUUUUGCUCUCCUGAUCUCUUUUCCGAUCGGUUCCUAUGGUUUCACAGCCAAAAAUGUGAUCGAUUCCCCGCUGUUGACGCAGAAGAUCGGCACCAAUCGCACCAUCAAGGUCGACAUCAAUGGCGACGGCGAAUUCACGUCAAUUCAAGCUGCAAUUGACUCUGUUCCGGAGGGGAAUUCGCAGUGGGUGAUCGUCCAUGUCAGGAAAGGAAUUUACAGGGAGAAGGUUCAUGUACCGUCGAGUAAGCCGUACAUCUUUCUGAGAGGGAACGGGAAAGGAAGGACGUCGAUUGUUUGGUCACAGAGCUCUGUUGAUAAUGUGGAAUCUGCUGUUUUUAAAGUCGAAGCUAAGCAUUUCAUUGCUUUUGGAAUCAGCUUCAAGAAUGAGGCUCCCACUGGUGUGGCUUACACAUCGCAGAACCAGUCGGUAGCAGCAUUCGUUGCCGCAGAUUUAGUUGCGUUUUACCACUGCGGAUUCUACAGCACUCACAAUACUCUGUUCGAUUAUAAAGGCAGACAUUAUUAUGACAGUUGCUACAUUCAAGGCUCAAUUGACUUCAUCUUUGGCCGCGGCCAAUCCACCUUCCGCAGUUGUGAGAUGUUUGUGAUUGAUGACAAGAGAAUGAAGAUCCACGGUUCAAUCACAGCUCAAAACAGAGAGAGUGCAAACGAGAACAGUGGGUUUGUUUUUAUCAAAGGAAAGGUUUACGGAAUUGGCGGUAUCUAUCUGGGUAGAGCCAAAGGUGCUUAUUCCAGAGUCAUUUUUGCUAACACUUACCUCUCCAUGACCGUUGUUCCCGCAGGCUGGACCAAUUGGAGCUAUCAUGGCAGCACAGAGAAUUUGUUCCAUGCAGAAUACGAUUGCCACGGACCAGGGGCAGCAUCGGGCCACCGAGCACCAUGGGCCAAACAGCUGACCAAAGAUGAAGUGGCCCCGUUCCUUGACGUCUCUUUUAUUGAUGGCUCCGAAUGGCUUCCUGCGUGGCUAUAAAAAAGCUAAGCUAAUAUUCCUGCUGCACACUUUUUAAUUUACUUCAUGAUGCUUUUGGUUUAUAAUUUUUGUGUUUGUUUGUGACAACAUUGUUCAAGCGAACUAUUUUGUAAAGAUGCGCUGGAAAAUGUGAAUGAUGCUUCUGGAUUAUGAGUAUUCAGAUGCUUCUUUUUAAUUCCUUUAUAAUGCUUGAGCAUUAUAGUCUGAGACAGUUAUUGGGUGUGUGACCUGCUGUGUAAGAAUCUUGAAAAUAUGUUUCAAUGAGACGAAAUACUAAUUAAGUUUCUUUU